CUGCCUCUUUGCUGAUUGAGAGAAAUGCGAGUGCUCUGCAACACUGCAGCACCCACUGCGGGCUCACACACACACACACUCUCGCACACACACUCUCGCACACACACACUCUCGCACAAGCACAGAGGGAGGGUCACGCUCACUGCUCUCUGCAAGGAGGACCCAGCUGCUACUGUGCUGGUACCAACUCCUCCCAGGGAAGCAAAGCUGUGCCUCCAAGUAGCCAAGACAAGGCCUUCAGGAUUAUAAUUGGUCCUUCAUACCUCUCUUGGUAUCUAGCAAGGCCACUGGGAUUGAAGUUGGUCUGAAUCCUUGGGAUCUAGCCAUGGGACUAAAGUUGGUCUCCAUUCUUGGGAUUUAGCAAGGCUAUUUGGAUUACUGUGGGUCUCCAGCCUUGGGAUCUAGCAAGGACAUUGGGACUUCUGUUGGUCUCUAUUCCUGGGAUCUAGAAAGCUCAUUAGUAUUACAUUUGGCUUCCUCUGUAGGACUAACUCCAUAGAACCUUGGACUGCUCUGCUGGACUUGGCGUUGCUGCAGGAUGCUCAGAUAAUGGUGUUCCCAAUGAGUGGGUCCCUCAUCCCUCAGAACCUUGUGGACUUGCCGGCAAGAAAGUGGAAAGGACAUUCCCAGCCUAUGCAAGAGCCUUCCAUGUAAGCAGGAAUAGGACCUAGGGAGGUGCAUUUGCCGUUGAUGUGGGGUUAUUGCAUUCCUCAGCACAACUACUGCUUGUGAGAUGUUAGUAUUCAACCACCAUCCUCUCCAGGACCUACAAUUGCCCGGGUGGUCUUUCUACCAUCUCUCUGAGAGACUGAGCACUUGAGCCCGGCAGUAAUUUGAUCCACUUGCAUAUUAAUGUUUGGAGGGAAUACCACGGAGGAAUUGACUCCCCAGUUGGACCACAUUAGCCUGUUUGGCCUGUAGUGGUGGCCAUGGUCAUCUGCACUAGACUCUCCUCCUCUGCUGGUCCCUCAAUCACAGUGGUGCCAGUGCAAGAUUUCUAGGUGGGGGGUGGCAUUACAACUCUCCAGCCACAUGCAGGGGGCGCUGGGAGAAAACAAAGUUGCGGACAGUAAUGUGAAAAAAAUUCUUAUGUCUUGUCUGAAAGGGCAACAGGUCAUCAUCAAAAUGGAGGCCAUGAAGAUCAUCCAGGCCGAGAAGUUCUCUGAGUGCCAGAACUCUCAACCUCGGUAUGCCCCCCCGUCUCGGAGAGAACCUCCGCUGGUUGCCAAACGGGCAUGGCCCUCUGAUUCGGAGAUCAUUGUCAACCAGGCCUGUGGAGACAUGCCCAACCUGGAAAACAAUCCAAACACGUUGGGGCUUCCAACUAGGACACCACCUCUUCCACGAAGGGAGAAGAUCUACCCCGGCCUACGCAAACCGAGCACAGAGAUUUGUUACCAUCACAAGACCCCUUCGGAUGAAGUCAUCGUGAACCAGUAUGUGCUGCACCCGUCCACCCCAUGUGAGCCCUUAGAAUGCCCCACCUGUGGGCACAUGUACAAUUUCACCAACAAGAGGCCUCGGAUCCUGUCCUGCCUCCAUUCUGUGUGCGAGGAGUGUCUGCAGAUCCUCUACGAGUCCUGUCCCAAGUACAAAUUCAUUUCCUGCCCCACCUGCAAGCGGGAGACCGUGCUCUUUACUGACUAUGGGCUGGCGGCCCUCGCUGUCAACACCAGCAUCCUCAACCGCCUCCCGACUGAGGCCCUAGUGGCCAAUCAGGUGCAGUGGAGCGGCGACACAGACCGCAGCUGCUACCAGACCUUCCGCCAAUACUGCGGGGCAGCCUGCACUUGCCACAUUAGAAACCCGUUGUCUUCCUGCACCAUCAUGUAGCCUGGUACUACUGGCAGGGCCCCUGGGGAACUGAGCACCUGCAGUAUUAUAUAUAUAUAUAUAUUUAUAUAUAUAUAUAUAUAGAUAUAUAUGUAUGUAGGGCAGAAGUGGGAAGUCCGGAUAGACCACCCAAUCCCUUCUGCCUUAUACUUCCAUAUCACAGUGAUGGGCAGCGAUGCCCGUGCCCAGCUCCUUGUCCUGGUGAUUCCUUGCAUCUCUGUGUGGAUUCUUCAUCUUUCUGUGUCUCCUCCCACUCCAAAUGGCCCCCGAGCAUGGAAGGACUGACGCCGGCGCAGAGACUAUCAUACCAAGCACAAAGGAACCACCAGCUGGUACCAAGAGACUGGCUCAGUGUGCCCAAUGGAUCAGACAACCACCUCCCGAGGGCACAACCAGAAGGGAAGCCUCUCCUCUGCCCAAUAGUUUCUUUUGCCAAAGCUUUGUUUUGAUUCAUGACUGAAAUACACAGAAAUGAUAUAUUUUAACUUAUUGUCAAAAAGGGUGUGUGGCCACUUGGGCUUCCAUCUGCCUGACGGACCUCGGGCCCGUUGCUGAGCGACACAUCUGGGGUUUCUCGGGCAGAGGGAAGUCAAUUGGGUAGCAAGUGGCGGUCGCAUUGUCAUUGGGGGGAAUGUUUGGGGUGUUGUGCCUGGAGGCGACUCCCUGUCUGAAGUUACAGCUGCAUAAAUGGCUCCAAAACAGAA